AUGGUGAAGCUCACCCCCGAACUCAUCGAGUCGGUGCCCUCGUCGCUCAACCCACUCAAAGAGCGUCAGCUUGACCUCCGAGGUUAUAAAAUACCUGCCAUUGAAAACCUCGGUAUAACCAAGGACCAACAUGAUGCCAUGGACUUUACGGACAACUCUAUCACUCUCGGCGAUCUUGAGCCGCUCAAAGACAUGAAGAAGCUCGAGUUCCUUUCCCUGUUGGGGAACCCUGUGCGGGAAAAGAAAUGGUAUCGCGAGUGGCUUGCAUGGCGCAUCCCAUCGCUGAGAGUAUUGGAUUUCCAGAGAAUACGCGACAAGGUGCGCCGCACUCGUUCGCUUCCGCUUCCGACCGCGCACUCACCUAUCGCCCGCUUUGUCUCUGCUGCAAACGUUCUUUCGCCGCUCAAUUUGCAGGAGAGGCAAGCGGCGAAGUCCCUGUUCUUGACCGCAGAUGACCUGCCCACGCAGCUAGCAGAUACCCUGUCCAAAACGGUCUCGACGCACGCCGCGAAGGCACCCGUCGCGACAGACGAGCCAAAACCGGCCGUGGCGCCGGGAAAGGCAGGGCGGCUUAUGUCCAAGGAGGAGGCGGACAAAGUCAAGGAGGCCAUUGCGCGUGCGACGUCGGUCGAAGAGAUCAGACGUCUGGAACGAAGUCUCAGGGAGGGUUUCAUGCCGGACAUGCAGGCAGUUGGCGCAUGA